UUGUUAUCGGCACCGUUUGCACUCUCAGCAAAUUUUGCCUUUCAGGCUACUGUACGUGUGUGGUCUUCACGUGAAUUGAACCAUGAACUUCUUAUCGAACAGCCGUUGUUAUUGUUCCGCUGUGAUGAGAGACUGUUUGAAAAUGAUAUUCUUUUUCCGUGCUUUUUACGGGUUCUUCGGUUUUAUAUGUCAGCAAGCCGUGUAUUCCUGUUACAAAAACUGAAAAUGAGCCAAAGUGUAAGAGAAGACCAGCGAGGUGAACGUGAAGAGCUGACGCAGUCGCUAAUAGGGACGCAAGAUUCGGCAGUUGUGCAAAUCCUGUUGGAAAUCUGUGGUCGAUUCAAAAACGUUUUUGUUCAUCGACUUUGCUGUGGCCACAUUCAUCAGAUGUUCAUCGCAGAUCCCAUUCUUACGAAAUUAGUUCAUUUUCAGUGCUAUUCACUGAAUCUGAUUCCACUCGCUGUGCGAGAAAUCCCAUCGAUGCAUAUUUGCCUUGAAUUUGUUCACGAAAUUUUGGCUCUGGCGGACAUUUCGAAACGCGUAUUUGCCAUUGUUCUCAUUGCGGAACUUGCACAGCAGUAUAAGAUCGAAUCGUCGUUUGUUCGUGUGGAAUUGGUGCUCGAUGUAUUGACAACAUUGUCACGUGCGCUAAGCACUGAUGAGAAUCUGGUAUUGCUGGCGAAGACAGUACCGUCACUGGGACGUCUGAUGUGCCUUUUUCCGGAAAUAGCAGCAGACAUUGCGCAUUUUUUGAUUCGUAUUUCUGCAGUAGCUGGCGCCCGUCUAGCUACUUCAGCUACAGUACUGAAGACUGGGACGUGCUUUGAAAGACGUCUGAUGGCAGAUGUAAGAAAUAUUUUGUUUAAAUGCAGUAUUUCUGUUUAA